CUUGAGGCCUAGGGAGACCCUGGGGCCCCAGCCAGAGGCACUCCCAAGUGCCAAGUUUCCCCGGGACAUGGAGAAAGCGCAGGAGACGUUGCAGGCCUGGAAGGGGCGCGUGGAGCAGGAGCUGGACCGCGUGAUGGCUUUCUGGCUGGAGCACUCCCACGACCACGAGCACGGGGGCUUCUUCUCCUGCCUGGGCCGCGGUGGGCAGCUGUACGACGACCUCAAGUAUGUCUGGCUGCAGGGGCGACAGGUGUGGAUGUACUGCCACCUGUACCGCAAGCUGGAGCGCUUCCGCCGCCCGGAGCUCCUGGAGGCCGCUAAAGCAGGGGGGGAGUUUCUGCUGCGUUUUGCCCGAGUGGCACCGCCUGGGCAGAAGUGCGCCUUUGUGCUGACGCGGGCCGGCAGCCCGGUCAAGGUGCAGCGGACCAUCUUCAGCGAGUGCUUCUACACCAUGGCUAUGGACGAGCUGUGGAAGGUCACGGGGGAUGCCCGCUACCAGGGUGAAGCACUGGACAUGAUGGCGCAGAUUGUGCACUGGGUGCAAGAAGACCCGGCCGGGCUGGGUCGGUCUCAACUGGCGGGCACACCAGCCUCGGAGCCCAUGGCCAUUCCCAUGAUGUUGCUCGGCCUGGUGGAGCAGCUCGGGGAGGAGGAUGAGGGGCUGGCACGGCACUAUGCGGAGCUGGGGGACUGGUGCGCCCACAGGAUCCUGCAGCACGUGCAGAGGGAUGGGCAGGCGGUGCUGGAAAACAUCUCUGAGGAUGGCCGCGAGCUUCCCGGCUGCCUGGGGAGGCACCAGAACCCUGGUCACGCCCUGGAAGCUGGCUGGUUCCUGCUCCGCUAUGCUCUCCGGAAAGGUGACCCUGCACUUCGGGCCCAUGUCAUCGACAAGUUCCUGUUGCUGCCUUUCCGCUCGGGCUGGGACCCGGAGCACGGGGGGCUCUUCUACUUCCAGGAUGCCGAUGGCCUGUGCCCCACCCAGCUGGAGUGGAGCAUGAAGCUGUGGUGGCCGCACAGCGAGGCUAUGGUGGCCUUCCUCAUGGGCUACAGUGACAGUGGGGACCCUGUCUUGCUGCGCCUCUUCAGCCAGGUGGCUGAAUACACUUUCCGCCAGGUGCCACCCAUACUGGCUACCAGCCCACAGCAAACACAGGACGGAGUGCAGUCCCAAGUCAUGGGUCAGCCGAUGUCACUCUACGAACCACAGUGCUAUUCAACAAGAUGAAAAUGGCCGGCGUGCAGCCAUCACCAGGUUGGGACUGGGUGGUGGUGCACCAGGCAGAAAGCACACAGCACCACCUGUGCCCAAGGACUUGAGUUCAAGCCCCCAGUCCCGCAUGAGCUGUGGGGCGCGGUGCUGUGGGUGUCUCUCCUUCUCUCUGUCUCCCUUUCUGUCUCUCACACUCAAUCAGAAGCAAAAGAACAGGAAAAAAAAUACAGCCCCGGUGGGAAGUCUGGUGCCAACAAAGAGACAUUCACAGGGUUAUAAUCAACAGGCAGACUGUCAUGCACUGACCAGCAUGAAACAGAAAAAGCAAACAGUCUGAAAUCCAAGGCUGAGCUGCAAGGCAAGGAUUCAGCUCUUCUUGACCUGCCCCUGUGGACAG